AUGUAUGGACAAAAUCUGAUAUACUGUAUAAUGCUUUUAUUAUUGGAAACAACACAUUCCCAUGUUUUGGAUAAACAGAAUCACUCAGCACCGGAAUGGGCGUUGGAAAAUAUCUCAUUUUUAUCCAUUAUUUUUGCAACAUCGGAAUAUUUGCCGACUGGACCGUGCAAGAAAGAUACGGAAAGAUUUUUACAUGAUCUACUUAACGGCUCUACAUGGGCUACACUAAUGUUUGAUUCUUCUACGAAGUAUCCGGAAGGUGUAUUCUACGGUCAUACAAGACACUUGGGAAAUUUUGAUGAGUGUUACAAUAUGCAAGUACAUAUCGUGGAAGAGAGUGAUAAUGCUCAUGAAAUCAAUGGCAAAUAUUGUUUAGUCAAUAUUGAAUACAAUAAGAAGCAAGUGACAUCGAUUCCUCAAAAAUUAUCAGUUUCAGGAUACAUGAACGAUAUUUUGAGUGAAUUGAACAUGAACAAUUCCUUUUGGGAAGUGUUACAGCAAUUGGAAGAUAGCCAUGUAUGCAGAAAUCGUUUACAACUGGCUUUAUGUGUACCGGCGACCUGCAGUGCGGAAACUGUAGAAAUAGCCUUGAGGGAACCAUUAGAAAGACUUGGAGCGGGUAAAAAUAUUGAAUUUCAGAUAACUGUGCAACCUAAUUCAUGUUCCACAAUUAAAGAAGCACCAAAAUUUAAUUUCGGUGCCGGAAUUUACUGUGUUGUACUUUUCGCUUUGCUGAGUUUGGUAAUAAUCAGCACUUUGUACGACCGUGUGUCAAGCAGAGAAGGAAAUAAUAUGUCUGUAAUACGAAAUAUCAUGUUACACUUUUCCGCUCGGAAAAAUUAUGAAACAAUUUUCCACAUGAAUUAUACACAUACAGGACUUGAUUCUAUAUAUUUUAUACGUUUCAUUACUAUUAGCAGCUUUGUUGGCAUGCAUAAUGGAAUACAAUAUUUUUAUGUUCCCACUAUUAAUGCAAUUGAUUUAGAAGAGAUAUACAAAUUUCCUUUAGUGGCAAUACUAAUAAAUAGCACUUUCACAAUAAAUAUAAUGUUCGCUUUGAGUGGCGUUUUACUCACAACUCAGUUAUUAAAAGACUUGGAUCAAUAUAAACGACUUAAAUUCGUUAAGAAUGUUGUUUCGAGAUAUUUGAGGUUAACACCGUUAUAUGCCACAAUCAUUGGUUUCUACAUUUGGAUUCUCCCGCUAUUAGGUUCCGGACCAUUUUGGAACAUAGUGGUUGAAGAAAGCGCUCAUUGUGCGAAAAAUUGGUGGUUAAAUCUCUUGUAUAUCAACAAUUACGUCGCAAAUUCGGAAUUGUGUGUCAUGCAUGGCUGGUAUUUAGCGGCAGACUUUCAACUUUUUGUCUGCAGUCAAUUUGUGAUAUAUGCAUUUUGGCGUAUGCCACGUAAAAUAGGAUAUUCUUUUCUUGGAAUAUUAACAUUAAUGAGUUGCACCAUACUCUUUUUUGCCACUUAUGUAUACGAUGCACCAUCCGUUGUGCGGUUCAUUCCGUCCGUAACUAUAUUAGAAGAAGUGACGGAGUUUAAAACGUAUUAUAUUAAAACGCAUAUGUGUGCCACUGGAUACUUUAUCGGUAUAAUCGCUGGUGCAAUACUUCACGAUCACAAAGAUAGUACGUGGCGCUUGUCUAAGUUCUGGUCACAUAUCUUGGUUUACCCAAUGCCCGUGGUUUUAUAUGUCACCACCCAAUGUUGGGCGCAUAAAUUUCUUAUAUUGAGCAAGCCAAAUGUGUUAGAAGAAGCAAUUUUUGCAUUUUUACAAAGACUUAUUUCUGCCUUGUGCGUGUGCUCUACGAUAGUUUUAUUAUCCAUCGGCAGUCAAUCAGAUUUAAUUGAUCCUGAUGACCCAACAUGUGAAGAGGAAGAAUUAUUUGUGUAUACUCCACAAUUACAGGAUGUCACAAACAGAAACAAAGAUGAAGACAAACUUAGUACACAAACAGAAGCUUGUGAAGUGUUUGACUCUUCUACAAAAUAUCCGGAUGGUAUACUCUACGGACAUACAAGACAUCUAGGAAAUUUCGAUGAAUGUUACAACAUACAAGUUAAUAUCAUAAAAGAAGGUACCGAUGAUCAUGAAAUUAAUGGAAAAUAUUGCUUAAUCGAUAUUAUAUAUAAAAAGAAGCAAACUACAUCGGUCCAACAAAAAUCAUUAAAAACACAAUACAUGAACAAUUCGUUGGACAUAACCAAUUCUUUUUGGAAAUUAUUAGAGUAUGUGACGGUCAAGCGAUUCCUAUGGGCAGGAGUGGGCAUCAUCUUGCUGCCACCACAUCCUACGACAUAUGUAGAAAUUUACAUCUUCGAGGAGGUUUGGCAAUUUGUUUUGCAGCAAUUGCAAGAUACCAUGCUCGUAUUGAAUCAUCCUUAUCGAGAUGUAGAGAUUUUGCUCUACUGCUGCCAGUGUCACCAGAAUCUUAUUUUUUUGUGGGCCAGUCUUCUUCCUGUUACGUUUACAUGA